UUUCUAUUUCACAAGUGUCCAAAUAAAAAUGGCUCCCACACUACACAAAAUGUCACCCUCUGAGUUCACCUUUUUGCUUUAAAGUGAGCUCUACCGGAAACCUGAUCAAGUGUGGAGAAAGAUGAGAUAAAUGUACUUCGUACAAUACAUUCUAUCUAUCUUUGUCUAGUAAAUAAGUUCUUUCUCCAUCUCUCAGCUUCUUCCAUCCCUCUCAUCUCUCAUAUACAGACAACCCCAUAGUUAGCUGAUCAGAGAGGAAAGCAAAGAGGAAAGAUCGAGUGAGUAAACCCAUCCACUCAAAGAGAAAUUAAGUCUCUAUCAUCAGAUCAUCCUCAUAUAUCAGCAAGUCUUUUUCAAUUCCAAGCUAAUUAUAAGCUAGCUUAUUGUACAUAUAUCUCCUGCAUAUAUACUUGCAGGUGUAGUAUAUACCAGCAGCUAGCUAGCUAGGGCGAGAAGGUAAGGGUACAAAGAUCCACAUUAUAUUUUAUAUAUUUCAGAUCAAAUACAUACAUAAAUACAAACAUAAGAUAAUAAAUUAGGACCCCAAGCAAACACCUACAUAUCCCAUAUAUAUAAAUACAAUAUAAACGUAUAUAUGUAUCCCAUCAUAUAUAACAGCUCCUUCACUUCUCCUUCAAUGCGAUACAUAUAUGAAGAGGAUGGAGAUUUGCUGCUGCAACAAAUCUCCAUUUAUGACCUCGUUCAACAACAACAACAGCAGCAACAACAUGUUGCAGGAGCGGGGGGCGGGGAAGAGAAGUACCUCGGGUGUAUUAGGGCUUCAGCGGCGGCGGCAGAGAGCGAAAGCAACAAUAAGAGCAAAAACAAGAAAGACCGGCACAGCAAGAUCCACACGGCCCAAGGCCCCCGGGACCGGAGGAUGAGGCUCUCCCUGGACGUGGCUCGCAAAUUCUUCGACCUCCAGGACAUGCUGGGGUUCGACAAGGCCAGCAAGACCGUCGAUUGGCUGCUCACCAACUCCAAAUCCGCCAUCAGGGACCUCUCCAACAUCGGCUCCAGCAAAUACCACAACACUUCCUCCCACGCCACCUCUGAGUGCGGCGGCGAGGCGGUUUCCGGCGUGGUUGAUCAGGAACCCUCCUCCUUCACUGAAGAUGGGAAGAAGGAGAGGAAGGCCAAAGCGGCCCGACCUAGGGCUGCAGCUUCCUUCAAUUCCCCCACCAGUAAAGAAUCACGGAGCAAGGCCAGGGAGAGGGCGAGAGAGAGGACGAGGGAGAAGAAGAUGGGGAUGACGAUGAACAACGGCGGCGCUAGCAGCUUGUUGGCCGGACCCCCACAUGCCGCCGCUUUCCCGGAUCAAGCGCCGCCGCCGCCGCCAGAGGAACACAACUGGUGCCUAUCCAACAUUUUCCAGUACCCCCAAAACCCGCUUGCAACAUCCAAUCAGCCUCAGUUUGCAGACCUAGCCCAUUCUGGGAAGUACUACUGGGAUGGCUACAACAGUGGGAAUCUAUGAAAAGAUGCUACAUGAAUGAAGAUUUAGUUUGUGUUUUUUUUGUCGAUCGGUAUUUCAAAAUAAUUUAUGUCUCCCGAUCGGACAUGCAUUUCCCUUAUUUAAAAUAAUUUUAUGUCUUACCAUUUUUACUACCUCUAAUCUUAUUCUCUAAGAAGAAGAGAAGAGGGGGGGUUUGCUAGAUCUGGUUCUUCCUCGAUUAUGCUUUGUCUCAUGUUGCAUUUUCGCUUCAGUUAUAUUAUUACCAUAAGAUGACUCAAAUUGUAUAUUUUUCAUUCCAACUUUGCCCCUCCUUGAUCAUACAUUGAUUCUAACAAAGUUUUUGACUUUUGAAUUGGACUAAAA